AUGCUUACAAGAGAUGAUGUUGAGGAAAUCCUUUUGUUGAAGAAAUAUUUGGCCAGUGAGUUUGAAAUUAAACACUUGGGGAACCUGAAAUACUUUCUGGGGAAUGAAGUAGCUAGGUCCAAAGAUGGGAUUUUCAUCUGUCACAGAAAAUAUGCCCUUGACUUGUUGAAGGAAACAAGAAUGCUUGGAAGUAAAGCCUGUGACAUACCACUAGAACCUAAUCUAAAACUUUGUGAUGAUAGUGUGGGAGCAAUUGUUGAUAGGGGGAGUUAUCAGAGACUACUAGGUAAGAUUAUUUACUUAGCCCAUUCUCAUCUUGAUAUUGCUAUUGUCAUUACUGCGGGUCUUUAUUUUCCCAAACAUGAUCGUCUUGGUGUGGAAGCUUAUACGGAUGCUGAUUGGGCAGGAUCAAUAAUUUAUAGGAGGUCCACUUCAGGGUAUUAUACUUUUGUUGGAGGCAAUUUGGUUACUUGGAGAAGUAAAAAAUAG